AUGUCGCAGCGAUCGCAGCUGCGCCAGCGCAACACGAGACAUGCGGGUCGGUACGCGCCCAAGGAUCGCCCUGGCGCGCCCCCGACUCGCGCCAAGCCCAACCGCAGCGUGCACAUCGCGAUCAGCCUGAUCGUGCUCGCGGCCAUGCUCGUCUUUGCGCAGAAGCAGGGCAACCCCCAGCGUCCGUGGAGUGUCGACUCUGGCUCCCGCCCUCUUCCCAAGACAUACGCCGUGUGCUCGUCCGAGAAGCGCAUCUACACCGUGCCGCCUGCCGGUGGGCUCGGCGCGACCGAGUGCGUUGUCGUCGCCGACAAGCGCGUCAAGGACGUUGGCAGCCUGGCCCACGUCCGCCGCACCUACGGUGACCGCAGCGCCAAGAUCAAGGCCCCCGACGGCAAGACGGGCAUCAAAGUCAUCCAGAUCCCGGCGGGAUACAGCCUGACUCCCGGCUGGACGGACAGCCACGCCCACCCGCUGCACUAUGGCGAGUUCCGCAGCCUCUCCCUCGUCGGCAGCAAGAGCGUGCAGGAGAUUGUGGACAAGGUCGAGGAGCACGUCCGAACCAAGGGUGUCAAGAGCGGCGAGUGGGUGACCGGCAUGGGCUGGGACCAGACGUUGUGGGACGUCAAGGAGUUCCCCACUGCUGACGUGCCCAUCGUCCUGUCGCGCAUCGACGUGCACGCCGUCUGGGUUUCUCCCGCUGUACUGGAGCAGAUCGGCGAGAUCCCGCUCGAGGACGUCGACGGCGGCAAGGUCGUGCGUGACGCCGAGGGCAAGCCGACGGGCGUAUUCGUCGACAACGCGAUCCGCGCGUACGUCACCCCGGUGCAGCCGGAGAAGACGGAUACGGAGCGCGAGAACUUCCUGCGCAUCGUCUCGGACGACGCCCUCAGGCUCGGCAUGACGGGAAUACACGAUGCUGGACUUCUGCCUGUCGAGGUCGAGUUCUUCCGCCGCAUGGCCGACGAGGGCAAGCUCCCGCUGCGCUACUACACCAUGCUCCUCUGCAAGAACCAGACCGAGUACUGCGGCGCGAACGUCGAGCGUGCUGAGGGUGCUGGCGACGGACGCUGGACCCUGCGCUCCGUCAAGCUGUACGGCGAUGGAGCGCUCGGCUCGCGCGGCGCGGCCCUGAUCGAGGACUACUCUGAUCAGCCCGGGUGGAAGGGCUUCCUCCUGACGCCUGAGGAGAGCUGGGCCCCGACGAUUAAGAAGUGGUACGACGAGGGCUGGCAGGUGAACGUGCACGCUAUCGGCGACAAGGCGAACCGGGUCGUCAUUGACGCGAUGGAGGCCGCGAUCGGCGACGACCCCGCCAAGGGCCGCGAGAGCAGGCUCCGCAUCGAGCACGCCCAGAUCAUGACCCCGGCCGAUCUCGAGCGUGCCGCCAAGCUCGGCAUCAUUGCUAGCUACCAGCCCACGCACGCUACGAGCGACAUGCACUAUGCCGAGGAGCGCCUCGGUCCCGAGCGCCUCCACGGUGCUUACGCUUGGCAGAGCUACCUCAAGGCUGGGGGACGGACUACGCUCGGCUCCGACUUCCCCGUCGAGGAGCCGUCGCCGCUCAAGGGCUUCUUCGCCGCUGUCGCGCGCACAGACGAGAAGGGCGACUCGCCCCACGGCCCCGGCGGCUGGGUCCCCGAGGAGAAGCUUAGCCGCGAGCAGGCCCUGCGCGGCUUCACUGCUGAUCGUGAGUUAUGCCGAAGUUGA